CCGUUAAAGUGAUUUUAAACGUUUAAUUGCGUAAAGACGGUUCAGUUUUCGGUGUUUAUCAAACAUUAAUUUCUGCUCUCUUCUUGUUCAGUAUAUUAACCUAAUCUGUUUGAAUUGGUAACCAUAUUUUCAACAAACAAUUUUAUUUUAGAAUUUCAUGGAUUGGGAUCUUUGCUGCCCGGUUCUGAUCACAGUGAGGCAUAAAACCGGUUUCCUUACUUCCUGUUUGCUGCUUCAAAAUAAAAGACUGAUGAGGGUGACGUCGUUCAACGGUAUCUCCGUUAUUAAAAGACUAGCAAGCGAGGAUUUCACAUUAGAUUUGUGUUUACACUCUAUGAUGCGUCUUAACAAAUGAAGAGGGUUUAAGAAACCAAUACAUAUACAAUUUUUAAAAAUUUUGAUUUAAAUAAAUCAAUAGGAGUUGGUUAUCUGUGAAACAUUUUUUCUGUUAAAAACCUGACAGUUUAUUUAGCCUUUAAAAGCUUAUUGUGGCCUUACAUACUAAAAGAUGCCAAAAUAAAAAUAGAAUAAAAGUCACAACCUCGGAUGGGGCCCUACUGAUGGUCAAACCGAAAACUACAACAACAGAAAACCAUCAUGGCGGCGCCCACGAGGCUCAUAUCAAGGUUGACUCUGGUCACUGGUGGAGGCAGCGGGAUCGGCCGCGCCGUGUCUCAGCGUCUGGCCUCUGAAGGCGCCUCAGUGGUGGUCGCUGACAUCAGCGAGGAUUCAGCCAAUGAGACGGUGGGACGCCUGCAGAGUGACCUCAAAGGUCAGAGUCACAUGGCGGCUGCAGUGGACGUGUCGUCAAAGGAGAGCGUGACGAAUCUGCUGACGAGAAUCCAGACUCGUUACUUCCAGCCUCCCUCAGUGUGUGUGAACUCUGCAGGCGUCACUCAGGACGACUUCCUGCUCAGCAUGGAGGAGGAGAAGUUCGACAGAGUCAUCCAGGUCAACCUGAAGGGUUCGUUCUUGGUGACCCAGGCUGUGGCUCAGGCUCUGGUUGCCUGUGGAGCUCCUAAAGGAUCCAUCAUUACUCUGGGCAGCAUCGUAGGAAAAGUGGGAAACCUGGGCCAGGUGAACUACGCUGCCUCUAAAGCCGGAGUCGAAGGUUUAACCAGGACGGCUGCUAAAGAGCUGAGCAGGUUUGGGAUUCGUUGUAACUGCGUGUUGCCUGGUUUCAUAACCACUCCCAUGACGGACGAAGUACCAGAGAAGGUCCUAGUCAAGAUGAAGUCCCUGGUGCCUCUGGGUAGAAUGGGUGAACCUGCAGAGGUCGCCGAUGUUUGUGCCUUUCUGGCUUCAGAUGAUUCUCGUUACAUCACAGGAGCCAGCAUCGAGGUCACAGGUGGACUUUUCAUGGGUUAAAACACAACAACCUGUUAAUGAAUCCCAAAGAAAAGAUUUUUCCUCCCUAAAGUAGUUAAUUAAUGUAGUGAUUAUUUAAAUGUGAUUUUAUAGGACAAUAUUUUUAAUUAUGAAAAUACUUUUUGUAUCAUUAAACACCUGAAUGCCAUGUUGAAGCAUUUCUUCAUUAAAGAUUUUAUUUAAAACCUGA